AUGGCCUCUCUGCAAGUCCAAGCGUGGGUUUCUCGGGUAAUGGUUCAAGCCACCACAGAAAAGAAUGCUCGUAGUUCUGCCAAUGGUGUCGCGGAUGUUUCCAUCGUGGAAACGGUUGCCACAUGGAAAGCUAAGGGAGAACCAUUCGGCUGUGAGGCAUCUACUACUACUAGCAUUGGACCCACAGCGACUGCCUUUCAUGCAAAUGCUCACGUGGAAUGGAAGCCCCUUCUCAAUACAAGCAGUCCCUUUGUCCAACUGCAAAUCGACUUUCCCGCCAUGAAUGAGCACGGCAACAAAAGCCACACUGGUGGAGAUGAGUUUGUACUCAUUCUGAUCUCGUGGACUCACGACGGCACUGCCUACAAACAAGCUCAUCCAGCUAUGGAUUUGAAUUCUGGCACCUACCGAGUUCUCUUUGCUGUGCCACGACAAGGGGUCCAGCAAUACACACUAGAGCUCUUUCACUUUUAUUCUUGCUAUCAGGGAUUGGGGCCCAACAAACCGGGAUACAACUUUUCCAAGGUCGAAUGGGGACCGCAAAAGUUGACCAAUGCAGCAUUGGAUCAGCUGCUAAAACACCACCUGCCAUCAUCAUUUCUCCAUAAUAAUCAAUCCAAAGCAAUAAACCACCACCACCACAGUACCUACUUUUAUUCCACACACCAACCAUACUGUCAAAACUCACAACAGGGAAUGGACGACUACACGAAUCCAGCAACUUCCUUGUGGGUAGAACACAAGAAUGACUACAGCAAUCCAUACUUUAUCACUCUCAAUGCCAAAUGGAGUUCCGUCCACUGUCAACCUUCCUCUUCCUUUCCUCAUCAACCAAAACCAGACAAUUACGAGGUACUGCGGAUCGGAGACUCCACCAUGCCGGGAAAGGUUCUCGAAAUAGGCGAUCCCUUUCAUCACUAUGUCGAAUUCGGCCGAGGGUUUGUAAUGCACUCCAAAUGGCCCACAUACUUGAUGGAACAACUGCGAAACCAAACAGCAUCGUUGCAGCAGCAACAACAACAAGAAAACAACCACCAUCGAGUACUCCUCUUCUCGGGAGGACUCCAUCAACUCUUUCAACGAAAUCCAUACAAUCAACACGAAUUCACCGUCGUGCGGGGAUACAAUGUCCCAACCGUGGCCGACCUUUUGACACGCAUGGUCUGUCAGCUGGCCAUUGUACAUCCAAAUCACAAAUUGCUAUGGGUCGGGGUCACACCCGUGCAGCAGCAUAUUUACGAUAAAGUCGACAAUACGGAUCACAACAUCUUGUGGCUCAAUGCAUUGCUACGACAACGGAUUGUGGACGAGCAUCAAGGCAAAUUGGCCAGUUUGUGUGCCAACGUGGAUGUUGGCAAUCUAUGGUCCAUUCCGGAUGAUCGGGGCAAUGCCCACAAUAAGACGUUUUCACGACAAGUCUUUCAGAUACUCCAACACAAUGAAACCGCCGAGGAACAAGAAUGGGCCAACAUUGACCGUCCGCAAAAAAGUGUUUAUGGAGACCGCGUGGUCGCCUUUGCCGAUAUCCAUGACAGUUUACUGGCACGCCCGGAAUGUUUCAAAGACAAGAUUCAUGACAUUCGCAAGGUGGGGUCAAUCCCCAAUAAACCGAAUCUGAUGGCUACACAGCACAAUGUCAUUUUGGAUACGCUAUCCCGAAUGCGAGCCUUGAUGGAGGAACCGUAG